AUGUCGGGAGAACAACACGUCCCGCCUGUCCUCUUCGCAAUUUUUGCUGCAGCUAUGCUUCUUGCUCAAGGAAGUCAAGGUACACCUACCUUAAAUUAUUUUUUGUUUACUUAAUACUCUAAACAACACAUUUCAUAAAGUACUGAUAGUAUUUGGCGUUUUCCAACACUGAAAUUGUAUGUUUCGUUGUGAGGAAGAAAGAAAGAUAUCGGGUGGGGCGCACAUGGAAGAAAAUACUUCAAAGGAUCUUACGCUCCCUGUUUUAACAGUUCAAAACUAAAGUGAGUUUUCUAUCUUUUAAAAACAGUUGUUUUUCUUUUACAGCCGCCAGUUUUAAAUCUGGGAAAAUCAAUAAUAUCACUGCCAUGAGCUCAGGGUUAUUUGCUUGCGAGAAAAUCACCUUCGAGGAACCAUUCUCUGGCGGAAAGCAAGUGAAAGUGUUUCUUUCACCUGGUAACUCAACUAACGGUGCGGCUGUUUGGGUGGAAUCAGAAGAUCACAGUCAAUUUCGCGCUUGCAUCUACGAGUACAGCGAUGGCUCGAAUGCAGCUGCGGAAUUAAACUGGAUUGCCUUGGAAUCUGCCCCCUUCGGAGCACAACUAGGAACCACUUCCUUGGACUCUUGGACGACAGGAACAAAGUGUAAGAAGGUCGAUUUUCCUCAGGUUAGUUUAAUUUUCAAGUACGUUUACGUAAAAACUGGCCUUGAUUAAUUAUAAAAAGAAAGGAUCCUUGGUGGUUAGGCGGGGCUCAGAUGGAGGAUGUUACGUUGAAUUACCGACCCAUUUGGUCACUUGAGUUAAAGUUCAGGUAUCCAUUACUGUAAAAUUCCGAAAAUAAGCCCCGGGGCUUAUAUUUUUCAAAGACCCUUUUUGAGGGGCUUAUGUAUGGAGGGAAACUUGGGUUUCAAAAUCGAUUGGGCUGGCUUGUAGUGGGAAGGAAAUUUACCAUUUUUGCUUUGUUUUACUUUGUAUUCGAGGGCAAAUUCCAAGUACAAGCCCCCCCCCGGGGGGGGGGGGCUUAUAUUUGGAGGGGCGAUUUAACGGAGGGUUUUUUGCGUUACGAUUUUGGGGGGCUUUUAUUUGGAGGGGCUUAUUUUCGGAAUUUUACGGUACCUAGGUAAAUUUAUGACUAAAUCUAUAAAACUGAAUUUAUACAGUGAAUUUAAUCUGACAAUCAUAGACCCCUGUAAAAUCCUUCGAGAGAUCGAGAAUAAACCGGUUCAGUUCCUCUCAUGUUUCACUUCCCGCAUGUGAUAGUCUUUCACAUGGUAUGAUUUGGCUCAGCCAAUUGAAUCCAAGCUGUCAUUCAGUGUCAUCAAGCGCUUAAAGCUGAUUGCAUGAGUUGGCCUAGCUAGCUUGAGGUGACGUUUAACCCGGUGCCUUUUCGAUACCGGGAUCCCAGUUAACCGGGCUGGCUUGAUUGGUAUGUAACCACAAAGUUGAGUUUCGUUGAGUUUAAUGUAAUGAGCUUUGUGCGCAUAACAAAAAUACCCCCGCCCCCUCUCUCCUCUUUUAGCUCUUUUUGACUAUUUCGUUAUGUUAAGAUAUUGUUACUCUCCAGUUAGAAUAUUUGCUUAGGCCUUGUGUGCUCCGAAACUAUUGAACAAGAACAAUUUAAAAAUGGUACUGUUCAGUACCGCUCUAAGAUCAUCGUUUUAGGUUAAGGAAACUUUUAGUACAGUGAUGGACCAUGUGACUUGAAUGUGACGGAAGGUCUUUCCCCUUUCAAACGGAAUUUAGGCUCAACAGGAAGUCGGUGUUUAACUGUCGAUAAAACAGGGGAAACUAGACUCAAUUGCGGGGAAGAACCGACACUUCUCUGUAGGACCAGGAUCAAACCACUAACUGGUACAGCUGAGUAGAUAAAACAGAACUAAACUUUAGUUCCGACAACAGCAGGUCGAACAGCAUUAACUGAGGCGGGACACGGCGAAUUAAACGAAAUGUAGUCCGUCAACCCUGAAAUCCACGAUGUAAUAUAAAAACAGUAAAAAAUAGUUUUCCUAUAUAUGAUUUCUACAACCACUGAAGGCAAAAGAAUACAAUAGAAAUAUAAACAGAAAUCGCUUAGAGUUAAAUGAAAACUUACAAAAUCUAUUUUUAACCUGAAAUCGUUUCUUUCUGUUUCUAUUUUAAAAAGUAAAAGUACUGCAAAACAAAGACCUAGCUAGGUCAGCAAAACAGCGAUUAUGUUCAAUAUAUUAUUGUAUUGUAAGUGUUACAAUAUGUAUAAAGUUGUAAGUUAAGCUAUCGGCUCGGAAGAGGGGUAGAGUAAUUACUAUAGUUCUCACCUUGAACAUAAACCCGCGAUCUAUUUCAAAAUUUGCAAGACAUGUACAGCAAAACCUUUCAUAUUCAAAAUUUAUCUGUUGGCUCUACAGUAUGUAACUAACAACUUAAUGAACAAUAUUUUCGGAAAUAAAUAUAGCUAAAAUGCAAUGAUUAAAACGACUGUGGUGUACCUGUGUGAAAAGCGUUAUUAUGAAUAGAUGUCAUCUGGUUGUAAAUCAGACUACAGUUAAAUAACCAUUAUUCACGGCAGCCGAAACUAAUUAUUCUUUUAAAAGUCAACAUAUAUCGAAGUAAAAUGUGAACAGUUGAAAAGGGAACAACCAAUCAGUUUUGUUUGUUCAGGAAAACUGUUGGCUAAUUUCCAAAAUUAUUAGCGGGCACAAAGAAGCUAAAAUCAACCAAACGUCAAAGCGAAUAUUUGAAGGCUACGUAAAUAUGAAAUUGGAGGCAAAGAAAGAAUUAUUGGAAAAAUCUCACCUCACAGUCAGUUGCGCUGUUGCAAUGAAUUUCGAUAAAGUUGGGAUGAAGUCCUCUCAUACAGGGAACCCUUUCCACCUUUCCAUAACCUGGUGGAUGAUAUCAAGCAUUUGAUAGACGAUACGCCUUUUUUGCAUCAGUUGAUCACGUGAUCAACUGAUGGUAAACACGAAAACAGUUCGACGGUUCAACGGUUCAGUUCAUUUUCGGCGGCCGUGGCGAUCGCUACUUUUGAGAUAUUUGGAUGAAAAUACACAGGUUACCUAAUUUUAAAAUGCUCUUUCAGCUUGUGCUAACAAAAUUUUUCAAAACCAAACUGUUUUCGUGUGAUCACGUGACCAACUAAUGCAAAAGGCCUCUUACCACCUCACAAACGUAAACAUUACCCCGAUGAGUUGUACCCCAGUAAGAUCUUGGGGUAUUGUUACACCUCUAGAGAAAAUGACCUCCUCUCCUUAGUAAAAGUACCUCAACCCUAUUCCCAUGAUUUCAACACAAUUAUUCGUAUCUAGUUCUUUGCUUUUAUAGCAGGAGUUAUGGGUUUGGAACAUUAAGAACGGAAAACGUAAAUUGCCGAUAAAAUAGUCUAAAAAAAUGCACCAUUUGUUUCUCGAAUUAUAUUCAGUUGAAGAGCGUUUGUAUAUAUGAUAUUAGACGAGAGAAUUUUUUGCGCGUCUCUGGUUUCUUUUUGCUUUUUGAUCGCGCGAGCAGUCAUAGAGUGUACGCUAAGACAUAUUCAGCGAGAGCUAUAGGUGGGGCCUUUGUUUAAUAUAAUAAUCAUCCUUGAUUGCUCUUGAGGACAUUGAGCAACUAAACCUAAUUUCCGUGAUAUAGUUUUAAUUUUGCAAUGAUCCAGACGAUUGGGUACAAUGGGAAAAUUCUGAAUGUCAAACCCAGUGCGGGAGCAGUACAAGGCCAUUAUUCCAUUAUUUUCAAAAGUCUGGCGACAGUCCAACAGCGUAUUUGUAAUUUGGUUAUGUCUAAGCUUCCAGUUCCAUGCCCAUUGUUCAAUCUGGCUUUCCCAGUUAGACCCUGUUUACAUGGAGUGGGGGACCCCGGUCUAGUGGGGUAAGUUUCUUUUGUUUUGUGUCCCCCAGAGCGUGAAAACAAAAGAAACCAACCCCACUAGACCGGGGUCCCCCACUCCAUGUAAACAGGCCCUUAGUGUUAUAUCAUAGACUCAAUUUCUAUCUCUUUCAUCUCUAGCAUUUUACGGGACACUGCAGCCUCCUCUGAGUUUUGCGAAUUUAUGCGAUACGCAUGUUGCUAGUAGAUGUAAUAAUAAAGAGCCACAACAAAACAAAGAAAAUACAUGGAAUUCUUUCAAUUGGUAUUCGAGGAAAAUAAUACAAUACCCUAAUUAUGAAGAAAAAUCUUGUCUGAUUCAGGUGAAAUUGUGAAACGUACUUACUUAGGAAUUUAAAAAAUAUUUCUUUAAGUUUCCCAUUCUUCGCCUUUCACUACUCCUUUAUAUUUAUAUUUAAUUUCAGCGUUUUUUGACCCCUCCAAUCGUACUUGCGACUCCGAGUCACCAGUUUCCUGACAGACCUCAAGACGCCAUGGCAGUCUGGGUGGAGGAUUUGACAGAACACAGUUUCAAACUCUGUCUUAGGGAAGUGAAAAUGUUUGAUGGACUUCAUAGGGGCAUCAAAAUUGUGAGUAAAAUGUUGUAUCCACCAGCGGUUUCUGAGGUUUCAUGUUGCGCAUUUGCCCCUCAUUGCACAAAGCAGGAAAAUAGAGAUACACAAGGAAAUAACAUUCUGAUUAAACCACUUCAUAAAGGCGAAUGCGAUUCGAAGACGGAUAAUUGAUUGUUUAGAAAGGGGGACAACAGAAGGCGUUUCACUUAGCUCGGCUGUUCAGCUAGAGCUCCGAAAUAUGGCGAAAACUAACGCUUCCUAAAAACAAAGCAAGAACAGCAAAAUGCCACAUGCGCGAAACAUAAUGACUACUAUUGAAAGAAUAUCUCAGCUAGAAAUAUACAAUUCCUGAAGUUACCGAGCAACAGGGAAAUGUUAUUAAAACGCAAAUUCAGGUCGAUGGAAACAAUAUUUUGAAUUAAUAAAUCAAUUUUUACACUUGUUUGACUCGGUUUUCGAAGGAUAUAUUUAACAAUUAUUCUACGAGUGCGCGUUGGACUGAUAUGAGAUGGCAGAUAGCCAACGAGGCGCGAAGUACUGAGUUGGCUAUAAUAAUCUCAUAUCCAACAAGCGCGAGUGGAAUAACUGUUUUAUUAAAAACGCCCACAAAAUUUCGAGAACUAUUCCCGACUUUAAUUGUAAAAGCAAACGAUUUUCAGCUCGUUUUUAGUUUUGAGCAGACGCGUACAGUUAUAGUUUGGAGAGCAUGGUAUAAUGGCUCAUAUACCAUGAUGGCUAAGCCUAUCACAACUCUAGAAUUGCAUUAUCCAAUGAUUCAGUUUUUAAUGAAAGAAUUAUACAGAUCAAGGUGAGUCUACUGUUGUCCGCCUAGUCCUCUUUGAUCUCCAUAAUUCCACAUAACAUCGACGCAGCCUCAUCCAAUAAAUACUAAGUGGUUUUAAAAUCGGUUCCUUCGUUGUAGCUAUCAUAAAGCAGUUAGCGAAAUAUUGCGCUCUUAGUUUACAGACUUAAAAAAAAUGCCAAAACGCAGGUUUUAAGUGUCCGAUAACCCCGAACGCCACACUACAGAUGGAGAAGGAAAGUCAGAAACACGAGCAAGAAAUCAGUGCACUGAGUCUCUUAAUGCUAUUCCUACUUUGUAACAUUUUCAACAAUCCAUCUAGAAAUAAAUAAAUAAAUAAAUCAUAAAAACAAAUCGCUGUAUCUUUAAAUAAAAAUGAGAUUAGCCUUAUCUAAAAUGAUUUUUCCAUUGUUUUAGAACUGGAUGGCUUAUACAAACCUCACUGUUGUGAACUUCACAUUAUCAGCGAGUCUUGUGCUAAGGAACAAAAACUCACCACCCCAAAAUAACGAGGCCUUUUGCGAGGUGAAAAAAUGUUAAUAAUUAAAAUGGACUAUCUUGACAAUGUUUUUAUAUUUUUCAUAAACUUUAACAUGUGCAUCGGUUGGUGAUAUCAGUUCCUGCUCACCUGGAUCGAAGUUGAAGUUUGUUUGGUCAUUUGCAUCACUUCCCACCAACGAUACAUUGUGGCUACGUUAAAGAAAUCUAUGAGUCUGAAAGAAAAAAAAUCUGAGGAUGGGGUUUCAAUUUAGCUUAGCCCUCCAUGUCUAUUUAAUCACUGAUUGUUUAAACUAGACGUAACUAGGGAGCAAAAAUAUCAUGUCCGUUAAUUCUUUGUCAUUGUAUGACACAUUGUGAUCGUUUCAUGUCAUUUAUUUAAUUAUUUAUUCAUUUAUUUAUUCAUUUAUUGAAGUAGUUAUUCAUUUAUGUCAGCAUGCACUUAUUCUGGAAAUCAAAGUAACUAAAAAGUGACAAAUAACAAUCCAUAUCGUUUAUGCUACAGAAUAUCAACUUCACAAUGCCGCUCUAUGCUCCACCAGUGGUAAUAGUGACCGCAAAGCGUGUCAGCAACAACUCGCAAUCUUCUGGAUGCGACGCAAUCGCCGCAUGGGUUGAGGUAAAAAAAAAAAAAAUUAAACAGGUAAAAUUGUAUAACAGACUUAUGCCAUCGUCACCCUGCGAGCAGCGCCUAGUUUUGUCUUCUUGACUGGGGAGGAGAAAAGGAAGCUGAUCUGCUUGAAUCGCGUCACACAUUUGAGGUCGCCUCAGCCAAAAUUUAAUUGUGGACUAGUCAAUCCUGUUCCCCCUUGUAACACUGUUGUUGUUGUUGUUGUUGUUGUUGUUGUUGUUGUUUUGUUUUUUUUUCGAGUGCGAGCAUCCGUUUAUUGAUCAGGGGCACCCAACGACUGUUUUCUGUAAACGAUCUGUUCGGAGAAGCCAAUGUUGCUUAGAAUGUAUUUUUCUUUUGCUUGAGGACGGCUGAAAAUUUCUAGAUGAACAUUCCAUUCAUGUACAAUUUUCGAAGCUCAUCCAUCAAAUCCCCUACGAUUUUUUGAAGUUUAAUUUUUCAUAUUUUAAUACUUCCCAGGUUAAACUAUUUUUCUUGGAAAAAAGAAACUUAAAAUUUUCGGAUUCUAAAACGUGAUGGAGAGAGGAAUCCGAAAAAUUCUUACUUUCGCAAAACGUUAAAUUGCACCUAAAAUGUUCGCGAAAAUGAUGCAGAAACCCUUGUAAUUUCGAAUAGACUUACGUUCCCCUAGGAUGACCGAACAGAUAAAAAUUUUUUAGCGCCGCUUAGAAUGCAUUUCGACAGAUCUAAAAGUCCUCUAAAUAGCCUAAAAAGUGUUUUCAUCGUUGGGUGCCCUGAUUGAUAAACGGGUGGUCAUGAACGCGGGCUUGCUGUAGUAGGAGCACAAUUAUUAGGCCUGGGUCCGAAACUCUAGCAACAUGCUGCACAUGCUCAACAAACAUCUUGUCAUUUUGUGCAGAGUCUUUCUUGAGGAGUACGCCAAAAUCAAGCAAACAAAAGAAAGGCUCUGCUCAGUGGCAGGGUGAGGCAGCGCAAACCUUCAGACGUGAUCUGUUUGAUGAUAUUAAUAAACAAGAAAAAAAGAUGUACGCUUAAGCUAUGAGUGAGGAAAGUCAGUACUAGAAAUGGAAAUCGGCAGAUUUUUCACUGCAGUUUUAUAUCAAAAAGAAGGUUUCGUGAGGACAAGUUCGCCUCACUGCGAGUUUUGCCUGCAUAUAUCUUCUGCCUCUGAAAUUUCUGUUCUUAGUACACAAACACCACAGAAACACAGAUUUGUGUCAGAAACUACGACCCAAAGAGCAAGGAUACCAUAAACGUGGAUUACUUAGUUUUUGGAGGUAGGUAUACGUAAGUUUCAGUAAUACCCUUCGCGUAAUUUAAUUUGGUCUCGCUAUUUAGAAGAAAGAGAGCGCAAGUACAUCAUCACAACAACUGUUUAAUAGGCCACUUGCACUAAGAGGUCACGUGACCAAUGCUUCCUUUAAACAAUGAGUUGGAAUCUUGCUGAUGCUAAAAAUUGACAGAGCACAUAAAAAUUAUCUUACCCCCGAAAUUUGAGGGGAAACGCAUUUAAGGGAGAUAUUUUAUGGCACUUUGAUUUUUCAACAAAGUAGUAUGAUUUGUAUUUGCCGCCAUGUUGGAGGGCAUACUCUUGCCCUCCAACAUGGCGGCCAAAACUACUUUUGCUUAGAUCUUGUUAAACGUUUGAUAGUUACGCUCAGAUGUGUUGUAAACGUUCCCACAUCAACUUUUCAACAUUCCCCUUGAAGUUUAAGAGCAAAAUUUGUGUUCGGAAAGAGUUAAUUCAUAAUUUCAAAAAUCACAUUUUGGUCACGUGACCAACUACGAACUUACUCAUUUUAAGAAAAUGGUGCAGGUUUGAAAAACCAAAUCACUAUUAUUUUGUUCAAGACAUGACCCACUAAUCGUUUUCUGAAGAAAAAAAUCAUAUAACUUUCACUUUCAUAAAAACGAUGUCACAUGACCUCUUAGUGCAAAUGGCCUAUUGGUAUUGUUGACGUGUCACUUAUGACGUUAAUGACCCCAUAAUUAUAAGUUGAUUCAGUGUAUUUUUACCAACCUGCGUGGCAGGCAGGUUAUGUUUUUUACUCUCCUUGGCUACUUUUUAGUUUUCUAACAUCCAAUUUCAUUAAUUUGAUACUUUAAAUCAAACUCAAUGACGAGACACGUUCUGAGUGUAAAGAACUGUGAGACAUCAGGCAGUCUCGAAUUAACACUAAUGAGGACCUCUAGAUCUAGCCUCUUCGUUAGUGGGUUAUUUUAAGAAGAAAAAUGCUUUUCUAGUCUAGUACGCUAUGUGCGUUCAUAAAAAGUGUUCACAAUAAAUGGUCUUUACAUUAAAAAUAAAAAACGAAAUUGAAAUGGCCUAGCCGACGCGGUUUUGUUGAAUACUGGCUAAACGCCGUUUAAAUAAUUGGCCCAUAGAUGUUAGCAAGAGCUAUAAUGAUGUUAGCCUUUGCCGAUUUAAGGUAACGGAAGUAUAUCUAGCCAAUGUUUUGAAAACCAGCCUGACGAAAUUUGCAGUCAUUUAAGUGAAAAGGCAACAAAAGACAGAUUUUUGGGGCUCAAAAAGAUUUUACUCGAGGGAAAAGGAAGAGGAGAAAAAGAAAGAGCGAAGAAACGAAAAAAGGAGCAAAAGAGAAAAAAGUAAUGGUAGUGCACACUCUUAGUUUUUAUAAUGGCUACUUUGGAGAUAGUUCAAGUUUUGGCCGAAAAAAGCUGUUGGAUAGAAAAUGUCCUUUGGCGCUAACGUUUUCAAAAAUCCGGUUAGAUAUAUAUGGGUAGUACAAAAGCGGCAAAAAUUCAAGGAGUGGCUGGCCCUCGACAGCUUCUCUCCACCUAAUUCGCUUGAACUAGUCAAAUAAUAAGUUAGGGGUAAAUCAGUUACGGAAACCUUAAUGUGUGCCACUGGACAGCAAAUAUUUCCGAGGCCGAUGUUCUGAUGAUCAGUGUCGUAGUAUAUAAGUGAUAUCCGGUGUCUGUGUCAAAUGGGAUCAUUUGUAGCCGUAAUUAUCGAUUUUUUAGCUGAACCUUCUCCUUCUUCAGUUCGCAAUUGUCAAAUGCAAAUGAUACUGACAAUACGUCUUUAAUUGCUGAAAACAGAUCCGGAUCCUUGUAUAGACGUAUACUGUAAUUAUCACGGUCUGUGCAAAGCUUUUGGACCAUACGAUGCCCGCUGCGUGUGUAUAGACAGUUGCCCAUCCUUCCAAGUACCCUUAUGUUCUUCCAAUGGAACGACGUUUGACAACGACUGUUUCUAUAAGCAGGAAAUGUGUAUGUUACAACUGAACCACACUGUGCAACAUCCAGGGAGCUGUGAAGGUAUCAUUUGAAGUGGAUGUUUGUGAAGUAUCCAUUGUUUCUUGCCUUUGUGCCCUUUCCGCUCCAGCUAGGAAGAAAGUCGCGUAUACUGAGCUUAAGUUUAAAAAAGUUCCCUAAGUUAAAAUUGUAACAUUUUGGUUUUUAGAAGUCUAGCUGUGUACGACGUUUCUGACAAUAACGUAUGCGAGAAAGUUAACUAGACAAAUAAUACCAUAUUCACAAAAAGAUCACAAGGCCCAGAAUUAUGGCUGGAAGAAUUUGAGCUUUUCAAUAUCUAUGGUCCUUAGUGCGGCAUUCAAAAUUCGAGGACGGCGCUCUUUCGAGUAACUAAGGAGGACAUGUUUAAUUAAUGAGCCAGGUUAGCCCCAUAUACCUGCCUCGUCCCCAGUCGCACGCGAUCACUUCUGGGGGAUAUUUGAGUUAAUUAUUAAGGAAAGCGGGAACGAAGGAAGUGCGCUCUACGCUCGUUCCCAUCAUUUACCUCUCGCGCUUCUUGCUAGUCUCCAGCUCUCGUGUGUUCCCAAUCCCCAGUUAGCCUUGGGAAAGCCUGCGGAGGAGGCAGCCUUUAUACGGCCGUACUUACUUAUUAUAAGCCUAAACUUUGCCCUUUAAAUUGUCUUUAUGUGAUUGUGGGUAACAAAUAGCUAACAAAUCGACCGAAAGAGAGAGUGUGUUGGCACCCUUCAAAGUUCUUACCACAAUUUGCCAACAUUCCGUGAACUAGUAUAAGUAUACUGAAAAAGAAAGGCAAAUCAUAGAAUCGAUUUUCUUGUAUAACAAACAGAAAAGAAAAAAAAAAAACGAUAAACCUGACCUUUAUGACAUACCCUUCGACUGUCUCAGAUUUGGGUCAGCUAAUUGGUUUUACGGAGCAGCAAUACGUUAAUUAAGACAUUACACCCCUAUUUUCCCGAACGAUCGUCGAGAUCGAAGACUUGGCGUUAAUAGGGGUCAUCUUGGAUGAGUGUCAAAUCUACUCAAAGGCUAUUAGCACCGACUCCCGCCCCCUGGGUACAUAUGAAACCACUGAUGGCCGCCCGUACUGGUAAGCGCUCGAUCCUGACGAUCUUACGAAAAAAAUAGGGGAUUGUGAACAGACUGUUAUGAUAUGCUUAUAUCUAUAUUUAUAAAAAAAGAUGUUGAGCGUCGAAUUAAAACAAGGAUAUCGCGCUCUCAUGGUUCCAUUUCAAAUUUCAUUGUAUAUUUUCUCGCACACAGUGGCUGUUGACCACCUUGCACGCGAAAAAUCUCUCAGUUAUUGUCAAAGUUACAUUAAAUUGGUUUUUUUCCUGUUUAACUUUCCAGGAUUCCCAUAUCAGCGCUCGCGACUUCACAUGCCUCACAUACCAUCCUUGGGGUAUUCGCAUUGUGAAGUAAUUCAUCUACGACCAUUCGUGUUCUAUCCCGACAAACCCGUCCAAGUGCAGGUAACUGUUAAUCACGUUGAUACCAGGGACAUGAACUAUGUCCACGAUGCUGCUGUGUCGUGGAUUGAAGAUGUGAGUAUCGAACAAUUUACUGCUUGCGUGAUGGCGGCGGGUUUUAACGAGCGCAAGUCACGUGCUAAUGUAUCCAUAGACUGGAUAGCUUAUCAGGGAGCCCCAGCUGGUGGGGUCUCUGGAGAGGUGCGCAUGUCACAGUGGUGGACUGGGACAACAUGCAAGACGGUGAAUUUUCCUUCGGUAAGUAAUUUCUACACCUCAAUGAUUUACUUUGUCUAUUAAACACUAUACACAGUUGAGAAAGUAUUACCUGUUUUCAAGCCGGGCGAGGGGGUUAGUGGGAUACCAAUAAUUUUUUUUUCAUAAGAUACAUGUAUCAGUAUAUACCUUAAAAUUCUAAAAUCUUUGAUUCCAGAUAUCUAAAAUUGCCUUGAAUCCUUGAAAUAGAACACGGCCGUAUAACUAAAAAUUAUCCAGGGCCCAAUUGUUCGAAGGCCGAUUAGCACUAACCCAGGGUUAAAUUUUAACCCAGGUGUCUUUUUCUCUUUAUCAAUAGCACUUUCUCGGAUAAUUUUCUCGGAGAAUUAAACUGAACUUGCUUUUUAAGCUCUCAUGUCUGAAUUAAAAUUUCGCACUAGGCCUGGGUUAUCUUGACCCAGCUUUGAACAACUCGGCCCAGGUCACUGAAAGAGAACACAGCCAUAUAAAGAGUAUAACUUUUAUCGCACUGCACUCGGUCAUGAGCUAUUUGCUUUCCCAGCCCCUUAAGGUGGCUCGAUACAGUUUUUCAGGGUCAAUACCUCCCAAGUUUGAGCAUAAACUACGUCACCAAAAGCAAAGUUUUGGAAAAAUUGCCACCACAGUUGUUUUAGAUAAAGAUGAAAAUUUGUUUUGAUCAGGGUUGCAACGGCAUCGGAGUUGUCAUAGCAACGAAAUGACGCUAUUACCUAUUUUACUUGCAGCAGUAUAUCUCGGCACUGGGAACUUUUCUUCGAAAAUCAUUCACGGGACCUUUUUUUCCCAAUAGCAGCCUCGACGUUAGUGAAGUUUAAGCGAAAUCUGUAAGAGCGUUAUCGAAAUAUUUUGGGAUAAAGAUUUUGUGAUUAGAAAAACGGUAAAAAAUGGACAAUCUUGGUGUUCGGCUGUUAUCUGUAGAAAACGAAGCGCUUUUGACAUGCAAUUUCACCUCAUAGUAGUUUCAAUCUUUUUAAAAACGUGUGUGAAAGAUCAAGGAGAUAGCGCCAGCCGAUUGCUAGAAAGAAGGAUUUGGUUAGUAUGUAUCGAGGCGCUCUUGUUAGCGGUUUUUUGAACAUUUUGGUCUACUUUAACAAAUUAGCGAAUAAUUUUUAAACCGCUCGAUAGAUUUUUUUAAAAAAUUAAUAUUCUUGAGAUUAACCUUCCUUUUAUAUGACCUUUCAGUUUCAUGAUUAUUGAUAUAUUGUAAGGCAGUGAAAUAAGGGCUACAAUUAGCUAAUAUUUUGGCAGAAAGCUUGUGUUUACAAGUAUGAGCCUCUCAUUAUUCAGGGUAUUGUGUCCAAGUUUCAUAUUUUCGUGCGCAACAAUAGCUAGCAUUUUUGCAUAUUUCAAAUGCAUUGUUAGUUACUGCUGUUCACGUGAAAAUGAAACUUGGCACAAUGCCUUGAAUAAUUAGAGGCUUUCACUUGUAAUGACGAAACUUCCGACAAAAAAGUAACGAAUUGUAGCCCUUAUUUUACCGCCUUACAAUAUAUCAAUAAUCUUGAAACUAAAAGGUCAUAUAAAAGGAAGGUUAAUCUCAAGAAUCUUAAAUUUUUAAAACAAUCUAUCGAGCGGUUUAAAAAUUAUUCGCUGAUUUGUUAAAGUAGACCAAAAUGUUUACAAAACCGCUAACAAGAGCGCUUCGAUACUUACUAAUCAAACCCUUCUUUCUAGCAAUCGGCUGGAGCUAUCUCCCAUGAUCUUUCACACACGCUUUUAAAUAGAUUGAAACUACUUUGAGGUGAAAUUUCUUGUUGAAAGCGCUUCAUUUUCAACAGAUAACGGCCAAACAACAAUAUUGUCCGUUUUUUACUGUGUUUCUAACAAUAAAAACUUUAUCCCAAAAUAUCUCGAUAACGCUCUUACAGAUUUCGCUUAAACUUCACGAACAUCUAGGCUGCUUUAGGAGGAAAAAGCUCCUGUGAAUGAUUUUCGAAGAACAGUUCCCAGUGCCGAGAUAUACUGCUGCAAGUAAAAUAGGUAAUAGCGUCAUUUCGUUGCUAUGACAACUCCGAUGACGUUGCAACCCUGAUCAAAACAAAUUUUCAUCUUCAUCUAAAACAACUGUGGUGGCAAUUUUUCCAAAACUUUGCUUUUGGUGACGUAGUUUAUGCUCAAACUUAGGAGGUAUUGACCCUGAAAAACUGUAUCGAGCCACCUUAAGCUUGCAACUUCUAAUGAACAUAUUUCGAUCACUGUGUCAACAUAAAUCCUAAUAAUAAACAUUCAGGAAAACGAGAUACUCUAUACCCGCAUUUUGACACCAAAAUACCGUAUACCUAGACACCCAAAAAGCCAAGCCACCUGCAAAAUAAAUUGAUAAGAUGCCUUUUCAAACUCGAGCCUCGCCCCAUUUAAGGAAUUAAAUCCACGACAGUCUUGGGUUCUGGACUCCAUGCUGUGGAUUCCAGAUUCAAGGUACUGGAUUUCGGAUUCUUUGUCAGUCUCCGGAUUCCAGAGCCUAGUAUUCCUGCUUGUAAUAAUACUUUGAUUUUAAAAUUGACCGCAUGUUGCUUUUUUUUCAGUCUAACGUUUUCUCCCAUGGUCGUUAUAAGGUUCCAGAGCAACCUUCAGUUUUCAUAACUGCUGCACAUCAUCGUGCUGGACUGAAGAGAGACGCCGCCAGUGUUUGGUUGGAAGACAUUUCGCUAUCGUCAUUCAAGAUAUGUUUGAGAGAGCUACAAAAUUACGCAGGCUCACAUGAAGAUAUUUCCGUUGUAUGUUUUUCCUCUUUGUUCUCUUUCUUUUCUACGUCGUAUUCGACAAAUUCGUUUUUCCUGUUUAGGCGAUAGAAAGAUACGACCGCAUAUUACACUAGCAGUUAAUGAAUGUUUCUCUUUUUUACCUUUUUUAUCCGUUCGUUUCUUUGUUAUAGAACUGGCUGGCUUUUUCAUCAAUUGAGACGCCGUUUUUCUCGGAGCACAGCUCAAUAUAUUUUGCCAACUCUCAGCCUCCUCAAGCCUGGAACAAUAACGCAUUCUGUAGGGUCAGCAUAUAAUCUCUUGUUUGAAAUUAAUACGUUGUACUUGUAUUGUUUUCGUUAACUCCUCUUUGCAUCGAAGUUUGAAAUCUGUUGUUCUGGUUCAUUAGGAUAUCUCCUUUGUUAAAGUGUACAAGAAUGCUCCAAGUGUUUUUGUAUCAGCGAAUCACACUUCAAGUGGGGGAGGCGUGGAUCCAAUGCACAACUCCAUAACAGCUUGGGUUGAGGUGAGUGUGGUAUUGUAGACAAACGUAAAUAUAUAGGCAAACAUUACUUCCGUUAACAUCACGAAGAUAUGGUAAUAUAUUUUGUACCCUUUACACUAGCAUUUGUAAUAUGUUUGAUAAUAACCUUAAGUUUACUUUCCUUCAGUACAUCAACACAACAGGGGCUCGAGUGUGUUUAAAGGAAUUGUACGACUCAAAAUAUGAUCCUCUUUCCGUAUCAUAUACUGUCAUGACAGGUAAGGGCGCGUUUUAAUUCUACAGGUUUUACUUACUAAAAACUAAAUCGAGGUUUAAAAGGAAAACUAGAAUACACUGUAGGAAGAGCCUUUUCAAGCCAUUUUAACAGGAGGUUAAAUCCGCAUGUUGGUGUCCCACAGCAGCCCGCUGGGAGUUAAAUUCUUGUCUUAUAUAAACGCUUUCUCUUUAAAAUUAAAAAAAAAUAGCUUGUUAAAGCACGUGAUUUGAAACACUCUAUUAAACUAUUCCAGCCUCUUGCUUUAUUAAGUAUUACGAAUUGUCAUACGCUUAAAAUGUUGUAGGACAGUGUCAACUUUGUAGUUAAAGGCAAAGAGAGAACAGAGUAGUAAUAGGGUCUUUUUAAAAUGCAUUUUUUUCUGAGUUGAAAUAUGCCACAAAUGUCACAUAUUUUCGUGCUUUUUUGAAGUCGUCAUAGUUCAUGAAUCUCCGAGAACGUUGACAUGUAUGUGGUGUUUGCUUGUUUCGAAUGAAAGGAGUUAGAUAACAGCAGCGACUUUUUUCAUGACGUAAACAGGUUACGAUAAAAAAUGAUUCAGCCCAAGUCUCGGUCAAUGAUCACUGAACCCAUUCCCGGCUCCGUCACUCAACUGACUGAUUAGUAAUAAGGGACUGGCUAUCAACAAAGCACGUCCGUAUUCUAAUUUCAUCUGUUUUUAGCUAAUAUAAGGCACGUCCUUUUCUAGCUUGCUCUUGACACGCAAGUACGUCAUUUUCAUAAACUCAACCGAUAUAAGUACUGUUUUUUAUUUUUUAUAUAAACGUGUUUAUGCCGACUGGAGGUAUAAAGCACAAGUGGGAUCUAUGGUACUCUUUUGCCAAAAGAAGGCCGGCCUUUUCACGAGGAAACUAGCUGCCUUCGUCCAAAGCAACUAUACAGAAUUGCAAUCUUAAUUCUUGCUAUCCCACUCUCAUUUUAUAUUUUGUAUCACAUGCAGAUAUUUGCCAGACAGAAUGGAAUUAUUUUGAUGGCUACUGUUACUUAACAAGUCGGGCAUGCGCCACGUGGCUCACGGCUCAAUCAAACUGCUCUACAAUGAGUUCCAAUUUAGUAACGGUUUACAGCCAAGAGGAGAAUGUUUACAUUCAACACCGUCACAACGGAGAAAGAUCCUGGAUCGGACUCAAUGACCGAAGUGUGGAGGGUUCCUUUGCGUGGGCAAGCAAAGAUAAAAGUAAUUUUGAACUCUGGGCACCGAAUCAACCGAACGACUGGAAGAACGAAGACUGUGUUCACACUCUUGGUGCUCUUCAUCGUUACGAAUGGAAUGAUGUAUCGUGUGAUAAAUGCUUCAACUACACUUGUUUUAAAGGUAGUUUUAUAAUAUACUGUGAUAUCAAGUUUUAAUUUUAUCUUAGUUAGAGGCUAACCGCAAAUAGUAGGGCUAUUCUAGGUGGGCAGAACAAAACUCACUAGGUUAUUUUAUUCUUUUGAAUUCAUGAGUGCCUCAUCGUAAUCGUCCUCAGUUUGCAUGAGAUAACAUAAAGUUAACAAACAUUUUUCAAAAGGCUUUUCUGGAUAUUGGCGUAUUUCAUAACUUGCCUCCAAUGAUGGAUGAUGGAACCCUUCCCCAGAAAAACUAUUUUGCCUUUGAUAUCAUCAAAAAGAUGAGGUAUAUUUUAUGUGUGGUGGCGCUGCUGGAGGCCUGUGACGUCACCAACAAAGAUUGCCAUCUUGGCCACCAUCUUGGAUUUUACCAAGAAUUAGAAAUCAAGUUAAAAUGGUAAUUUUUUGAGCUUGACGUGUAAAAUAACACACAAAUAGGCACUUUGUAUCAUUUCAGCCACGAGUUCUACAUUUAUUGUUGUAAAAAGUUGAAAAAGCAUGCAUUUUCACUCAAAAAUGGCUUGACCACCUGCUACUUAUGACGUCAUAUCUCUUUACUAUAGUAACUGACCUUCACUAAACUUGUCUCAAAAUGCUCGCGAGGGAUAAAAAAAUGCACCUCAUGUGAGUGUCAAUGUAUUUAGCACGAAAGCACUAAUUGGGGACACUAUUCUUACGUUUCCUACUGGAGACGGGACCGCCAUUUUACGUGGUCAUCCGAGCCACUCGAAGGUCUAGCCGUUUACAGGGCAAGGGCAGUACCUUCAUUUCUCAGUCAUUUUUGGUCCGGUCUUGGGAAUCGAACCUGCGACCUCCCGCUCUGCAGUGAAGCGCUCUACCGAAUGAGCUAAUCCUGCCGCGGUAAAGAGUGUAGCUAAAUGUCGUGGGUCGUGGGUAGUGGGUAAAGGUCGUGGGUCGUGUGGGUGUGGGUGAUUAAAUGUCCCGGGUAAAAAAGUUAUAGAAAAAAAUGAUAAAAAAAUAUUAAUAAUAACUAGAAAAAAUAGUAGAAUAUUUAUGAAACGAAAAUCUUCAACUCCUUGAUUGCCGUUCUCGUCACGGCUUCUUCGUCCUCGCCCCGAUAUUUCGUUAGCCACGUGGGACUUGGCUCCCCUUUCACACCGUUACUAUAAAAGACAUUACAUCUUGCCGAUGAAGAUUUAUACAUACCUAAGAUAUCACCACAAACUAAACGAAACAAACGUAAGUUAUACGAACAAUUUGCAGAAAGUGUAGGAUCGACACGGCUCUGACUCGCUGAAUGGAAGUGGCUGCUCACUAUUAAUCUUUAUUCGAUCUACAAUUCCAAUGAUCACUGCAGACUGAUUUCUUAACACGAUGGAAUGCGAUCACCAUGGGAAAGGGGAGGGAAAAGAACCAAUUUUAAGGUAUUUCAUAUUUUUGGAUGGAAGUCUUUCUUAAAGAAGUUUUAGGUCUUUUACCUUAUGAGGGAACCACCUUCAUUCCCAACCUGUCAAGUUAAGGCGAGACUGUAUGUAAAUUUUGUUGCCUUACGUAAAUAUAAUUUUCUCGAUUCUUUUUUUGUUUUGCGUAAAAAAUCUUUGCUGUAACGAUUCUAAAUAUCACUCCUUUAACUGAAAGGACGUUUCAGUCACGAAUGUUGACUUUCUUGAGAAAAAGCCGUUCAGUGUCCAGUUUUCUAAAGCCUGCUAUAGGCUUACAUAGUGAACAGAGUUUCUUUUAUUUUUGUGUCCGUUUGUACUAAAUGAUUCGCUUAUUUGCUUUGCUGACCGCGGGGAAAGGGAAUAGGACUGGCAUGUCCUCUGAGAUUUUCGUUUCAUGAAUUUUACAACUUUUUGCCUUUUAAUUUUUUAAUUUUUUCUUUUUUGGAAAACUUUUUUUUUUUACCCACGACAUUUACCCACACCCACGACCCACGAAAUUUAGCUACACUCCAUAAAAACGCCUGCGUGGGAGACUAUUCUAUUUGCGGAGCCUGAGAAAACAUGGGCUCGAUCUGAUUUGAGGGGGCCCGGGGAUACAAUUUUUCCACUCUUUUUCGUCUGUUCAGCUGAUUUAGAUAUACACUGCAACGGGUCGUUCUGUCCCACGUCAAAUUUCAUAGUUUUAUUUUUAUGCACAUGACUUAAAACGGUGUGGUUUGUGUAAAUGGUAGGCACUCUCUAGGAGGCCAAAACGCGCGUGAUUAAUAAAUUCAUUCUUUCUCAGUGCAAGUCUGAACGAAUUUUGACAACAUACGUGCUGCGCACGUGUACUAGUUAAGGUCUGCAGAGUAGGAAGUAAGUGGUCUCCUCUGCUCGCCCGCAAUAAUGCAACGCCCGUUCUUAAUUAUUUGUAAUCACCUCAGUUACAUAAAGCGGAAACAAAUUCCAAAAUUCAAAGUGACGCUACCUUUGUAAAGAUAUGUGUUUAUAACACGGAGUACUUUGCUUUUUUCAGACUUGGACGAAUGUGCUACUAAUGCCUAUACUUGUGGUGUCAAUGCUGAAUGCCGGAAUACCGUGGGUUCAUACAUAUGUGUAUGCAAAGUCGGAUACACUGGAGAUGCUUACACGAACUGCACAGGUAUUAGGCAAUUAAAUGAAUAGAAAACAAACAAGCAAACAGAGGAAGAUAAAAAAUCGAAGGAAAUAUUUACAAGGCAACUACUAACCAAGAUUAUUUUCGUAUACAACGGAAUGUAAUAAAAAAAAAAAAAAACCUUAAAAAUGACUUCUUUAAUUACUACGUCAAUAAAUAACUCGAACAAGUGGCGUAAACAGUAGAUGUGCCACAAUUAGAUCUUUACAGUAUUUUCAAGGAUGUCAUAGAUUCUCAAAAACUGUGUAAGCUAUAGAGUCAUCGGUUGAAAAGGGAUCGUCAAAAGUUUAAAUGACUACCUCCAUCUGAGAAGAAAUUAAGAGCUUCAUUUGCUUCUGUCAAAAUUAACUCACAAAUAAAAAAAAAGUUUUUUUUUUUUGUCGCCUCUUGAAAGUGCUGACAAUGGCGGCUCCGAUCGUCGUGAGACUUGUUAAAAUGUUGUGUUCUUUACCUUGCUUAUUCUUGGUAGCACGAACAGCUUUUCGAAAAUACUUACUUUGAUUUUUUUCCUUCAUAAGUUAACUUCGAUUUCUAGGCGAAUUUCUUCUUGUGAGGAAAGAUCGAGUUUACCAAACGGCCUCGUUCUCCUUUUAAUAAUAGCUCCGUGGUUGUAAAAAUUACUUCGAGCGUAAAAGUCGCAGCUACAGCUAAUCACUUUGCAAUAAAUCACGCUGUUUAAAACACUUGAAGUCUUUUCUAUACCGUCUUCAAAAACAUCGACGCUUGGAUUUUCUCAGUGUGUUUAAAAAGUUCUUACUCUAAAACUUUGCGUCUAAGAGGGGGGUCAGUUAUUUCAACGAAAUCUAAAUUGGGCUUCCUUAGUGGGUAAUUUUAAGAAAGUAAGUGCUUUUCGUUCUCCAGUGUAUACCUUGCGCUUUCACGAAACUUACACGAUAAAUAGUGUUGAUUUAAAAGCGUUGGGGAAACUGAAAAUGGCUCAUAGAACGCGGUUUUGUUAAACAUUGCCGGGCUAAACUCCGCUUAAAUAACUGGCCCUAAGGGCUGGUUAGCGUGUCGGACUCGCAAUCCCGUUGUCCCGGGUUCGAGUCCCGCUCUGGCCACUUGCUGGAUUUGUGCUCGGUCGUCCCAAGUUCAAAUUCUCGGCCACGCUUGUUAAUAGCCUACUGGUUGCCUCCUGCCAGUUGGGGUUUUAAAUCCUGUUAUGUUGUAUUUGAAUUAUUUGUUUUCUAAGUAAUUACUGAUUGUAAAGCGUUUUACCUUGGGUACCAGAGGUUUUUCUCGCGUGCGGCGGGAGUUUUCGGUGUUGGCCGAAGGCCAGACACUUCUUUGGCCGUAGGUCGAAGCCGCGAGAAAAAACCGUUUUUCUCGCGGGUGACUAAAAAGACUUUGCAGAAACCGGAAACCGCGCUAGAAAAGUCCCUGGCACCCACGGCAAAAGCGCUUUGGAUCACUGAGAGAAAGGCGCUAUAUAUAGAGGAUAUUACACGGUGCCGCGAAGAUAUGAAUUUUAUUUUCGAGUGGCAAAACAAUAUUUUACGAACGAGCGCAGCGAGUGAGUAAAAUAUUGUUUUUGCCACUCGAAAAUAAAAUUCAUAUCUUCAAGCCGCCGUGUAAGUUUCUUUUUAUUAUACAGACAAAAUGACAUCGAUAAAAUAAUAGAGGAAAAUUACCAAAAUUACGUCAUCGCUAAACUCACGGGUGAGAUUAUGGAAAAUAAACCACUCGGGUCCCGGAUGUAGUUUUUAUGAAUUUUACGAGUGGUAUAUUUUCCAGUAAAACACUCGUGUCUAUAUAAUAAAAGUAUAUAUUAUUAUUAUGGUAGUAUUAUUAUUAUUAUUAUUAUUAUUUAUUUUUUUUUUUUUAAAUAAUAAUACAAAACUUUAUUCAUAGAUUUAAAAAAAAUAGACUAUUUACAGAUUCAAGAAUAUGAAAUAUUAAAAUAUAUACCCUAUGUACAUUCUUCUUGUGUACAAAAGAGAAUUGUCGUAAAAUGACUAUCCAAAGACUACUAACAACAAUUAUAAUAAUAAUAAUAAUAAUAAUAAUAAUAAUAAUUGUUAUUAUUAUUAUUAUUAUUAUUAUUAUUAUUAUUAUUAUUAUUAUUAUUAUUAUUUAAACGGAGUCAGUUUAGUAUGGUGUUAAACAAAACCGCGUUCUAAGCCAUUUUUAGUUUUGCCAAAUUUUCAUAUCAAAAGAACGUUUAUCAAACCAAUCAGAUUGGGAUUGGUUUGAAAUCACCAAGAUCAAUGAGUGUAUAUAUAAUAAAAUUUAUUAUUCACGUCUGUUGGCCUUUAGAGGCCACUCAGGCUAGGCGUUCGUGCCCGGGAUGGCACAAAUUCUUAUUCCCAUGACUGAGCUCCAAUGCCUCCUGUUAAAUUUAUAAAUUAGGUAAACUAAGUUGUGACUAUAAAUGGCAGUAUUUGUCUUUUCGUAGAUAUCGACGAGUGCACCAGGAAAACUCACAACUGUCAUCCUUCACUUGCUGAAUGUUUUAAUACAGUUGGGUCCUUUAGCUGUUUUUGCAUCAAUCAAUUUACGGGCGAUGGAAGAAUUUGCGGUCGUCUAGUAGACGGUAAGUACACUGGCAAACAUCUGAAACAUCAAUCAGGAGUAGAGGAUGUUUAAACGGGUCUUUCUUCGGUGCCUUGCUUCAGUCUGCAACAUAUCCCAGUAUGACCAGCUUACUCUACUCCACGUAACUAACACUAAUUCGUCGUUGGAAAAUGGCAGGAAAGCCCAAAGAAACCAUGACGCUUGUACAACGUGGGCUUCCCCUAUAAACUACAAAAGAUAAACUUGCUGGUAUUAAUUUAACAGAACGGCGAAGGAAGAUCAACAAUAAUACGAUGGAAUAUGGUAUCAAAACAAAGUGAUAAAGAAAAAACAAAAUAAAUUAAAUAAAUAAAUAAAUAAAAAUAAAGACAAAACACAAAGCCCACAAAGUGGGGUGGAGGGAAAGGAGCAAGUUAAGUAAGAAGGUGAUUCUUCAGUUUUUUCUUAAAUUUGAUACACUAACCGAGCUUAGAAUGUCUGUACUAAGUGAAUUAAAAAAAACAAGGGACCUUGAUAUCGCAAUGAAAAGCGUCUUAUGUUAGUUCUGAACUUAGGAACAUGAAAGGAAUUGGCAUUCCUGGUAUCAUAACUAUGAACCUGAUUCCUUCAUAUAAAAGUGUUUUUAAAUAUAUCUGGUAACAACCCAGUUUUAUAUUGAAACAUUAUUUUACCUAUUUCUGCUAGAUACAUAUCAUUUACCGGUAAGAUACAAACAAGAUUCUUAAACAUUGGGUCUGUAUGAGCAUCAUAACAAGAUUUGCUGAUGAUUCUCAUAGCUCGUUCUUGCAGCAGUACGAGGCCUUUCAAAUUAGUAGGAUAGGUCGAUCUCCAAACACUUACGCAAUAUUGCAAAUAGGGAUGGACAAGGGAGAAAAUAGAGUGUACGCAAAGCAGAUUUGUAAAGGCAAAAGCUUGACUUGGCGAUAACAACUAAAGACCUGGAAAUUUUAGAAGCUAAGUAAGCAUUGUUUUUAUGACAGAUGCUCAUCCAAAAUCACUCCUAGAAAAAUAGUGUAACUUUCCAAAACGGAGCUAAGUAUGAUCACAAAGCUUUACUAUUAAACAAUCAAGCGUUAUUAUUAUAUUUUUAGUUUUCUUGAUAUUAAUUGACAGCCCAUUAGCUAGGAACCAAGGGGUUAAUUUAAUCAAUUCAAAUAAAAUAACUUUCAGUUCUUUUGACACAUCACAUCUUCAUUAUCAUCAUCAUCACCAUAAUCAUUAUAAUUACUAUGAUUAUUAAUUAACUUUGAGGGAAUCAUUUUUUGUCAGAAUGCCUACCUGAACCCGGCCCGCCUUACAAACUAUCCGACGACAAGCGUAAAGGAUACAGGAGUCUUACCAACGCUGACAGGACGGUGGAUUUCGGCAUAAGAACUAGGAAGACUGACAAGGGAGAAGGACCGGGAUGGUACCGUUUUGAGGGGGGCGCAGGCACAAAAAUGAAAGACUCAUGUCCGAGAUAUAGUUAUAAAUAUGGAAAUAAAUAUAAUCAACGACGUGUCAAUACGUGCAACACUAAUGCACCUGGCUGGAUGAGAGGUGGUGAACCCAAAGUCAGUGACCUUCCAGUCACCAGGACGGCGUGUUUCUCCUGGAGUAAUAACUGCUGUUACUGGUCAACAAGCAUCAAGGUGCGAAAUUGUGGUUCAUAUUUAGUGUACUAUCUCAACAGCACAUCCGAUGAUGGUACUCACUACCUUCGCUACUGUGGUAAUGGCUGACUAAGCAGCAAACAAAAACUUAACGCUUCCUUUCAUUUGUUUCAAAUCAUAGUUAUAAUAAUAAUAACAAUAACAUUAACAUUGAUAAUAGUGGUUUAUUUGAAGCAUAAAUUUACUAGUUCUACAUCGUGAAAUAUAAAAUUUAGACCUAGAGCAUACCAAACAAUUAGGUAGUCACGCAAUCAAUUAAUACAGUUACUUACAACUCAAUCGGAAGAAAAAUAUCAGCAACAAACAAUCAUAAUGCAACAAAAUAAAAAAGUCAGACCUAAGUAGAAAACGGAUUGUCAGUUGCUUCUGGGUGACUUAAUUCUACGUUCCGAUGCAUCCAACAUCAUUAUCAAGAGUGGAAAAACGUUGUAUGGCAAACUUAUAAAAAGUUUAAGUACUUGAAUUUCACUGAAUAGCUCUCUCCCCUGCACAGAGGCCUGUUUGAGAUCCAGAGAGGCUGGGUUGCGGGGAAGGGGGUGAUGAAGAAAACGCGCGGCGGACAAUGGGAAGGGAGACGAGAAGAAGACAGGCUUCCGCCUUUUUCCCUCUCCAUAGUCCCCAGUCCGCUUAAUUUUUUUUCCUCUUUCGCAAUAUCCGUGACCAGAUGGCAUGAGUUGGUUUUCCCAUACAAAUCCUUCUAAUUUUCGGCGGUCGUUGCAAUCGCUAUUUCUGAGAUAUACGGCUGAAAAUUUACCUAAUUCUAAUAUGCUUCUUCAGUUCUGCCAGUAAAAUUAUUCAAGCUAGAACUGUUUUCGUGGUCAAAGAAAGUUGAUCACGUGACCAACUAUUGCAAAAGGCCUAUUAGUCUGCAAGGUUACUCUCGCACGUGAUAGUUAGUUUCUGGACCUUAUGCUAUUUCAUUUGCUUCCCAAUCGAAGAUUUUGAGCUGGAGGAGUCUCGAUUUGUAAAACCGACAAAAUCCAUAUCCCAUAGACUACAUUCAGAAAUGAAAUACCACACACUCAAAUGAUCUUCGGUCAACGUUUUGGCUCCAUAGGACCUAUAGUCCAGAGGAUGUUGCAGACUUUCUUACUACUGAAAAAAGGUUGCAGAGAGACGCCAAUUUUUGUUUCCUUGUAUUCUCCGCAUUAUUUUGGUCAACGAAAGGAAGGGAAAACAUGACCUUACGAAGAGUGUUGCUCUUGUCUGUUGUGUAACUUCGCACUUCACAGCCCGCUACGUCGUCUGGCGUCAAUCAACUGGGAAGGAUAACGAAAGCCUGACAUUCGUCAGUGACAAAUUUUAUUCUUGGUUAUAAUGUUGGAUACAUCAAAAGGUCGAAUGACGUAACCACAAAUUUUUCUCAGUUUUUAAUCAUGACUUAUGUCAUCAUGACUCAAGAAUCUUUACUAAAAACAACGUUACCGUAGACCUUGCCUGUAAAUUAUUUGAUACGAUGAUUUCUCCCGAUUCUGACAGAUAACAGUGAAAUUUGGGGUGUGUAUGCCAAACCAGACUUUACUCCUGAUUUGUUAGAUACCGCUAUAGAAAAAUGUUCCGUAGGUUUAAUGGAGCAGGAAUUGAUCAUACCACUUCUAUUUACCUACUAGACUUAGGAGAGGAACAACUGCGAGACGAGCAUUAGAAAAAUUACGAAUAAAAAAUCAGAAACUAAUGAUAGAAUUAGGCAGAUACAAUUAAACUAUAUAUAAAUAUAUAUAGAUAAAAGGCAUUGCCCUCUUUGUGGAUCAAAUCUAAUAGAAGGCGAAGUUCACUUUCUUUUUCGUUUUUCAACAUACUCUGUGAUGGGCGGUGAACAACUUUUAGAAUAGGGUCAAUACUCUGAUUCCAAAUAUUACCCAGUUACCAGUAAAAGUUUUGAUCAAUGAACUGAUAAACUCAUCUUAUUACUUUAUCAAUAUACAAUUUCUGAAAUUUAUUUCAGCUUGCUUUGAUCUUCGUGACAAGUUAUAACCUAUUGAAAGUAACUAGAUGUGUUUCAAUAUAGUUUUUCAGAGGCCAUACCGAUAUUUUUCAAUCGCUUUAAAAGUGAUUUUAUCCUUGUCUGAUGGCUAUAAAAUUUUCACCAAUGAUUGACUAUAGAUUGAAAUUUGCCAAACUGUAGGCUUUAGUAAAAUCGAUAUUACUAUGGCAACAAUAAACAAAAAACUUUGAAAUUGAUAAACGUCUAAUUUUGCGCGCGAUCUAGCCUUACCAGCUACUGAAAAUCCAGCACUAAGGAACUUAAAGUUUGGUGUUUCGCAAAUAACCUUCAUAAGAAGUAAAAAAUUUCGGUAUGGCUUCUAAAAAACUGAAUCGAAACACCUUAAUUGCAGUAUGAUAAAAAUUUAAGAACUAAAAAAUAGCUUUUGCAAUACUGUAUGUACUUAUAUGAUCAUACAAAUAAAAUUCGAUUUUUUGUUCUUGUGUAUGUGGUGAGAAAUUUGUUUUAAAAGUUAGGACAAUGCAGUAACAGGUGAUUCGAGGUUUCAAAGUGAGAUUUACUCAUAAUAAUAAUAAUAAUAAUAAUAAUAAUAAUAAUAAUAAUAGUAUUAGUUUUCUCACUUAGGUCGCUCUCAGGUCUUGGAUUGUAACAUAUAAGGCAUAUGGAAAGCAUCAUCAUCAUUAUUAUUAAAGACAAUCGAACGUUAACCUCAAAAAUAACAUUUAAAAAGACUGAGCAUCUUGCUAUACUAGAAGCUCUUGUAUACAUAUUUGUGCACUACUAUGAUCAUCCUAUGGCUGCUGUAAGAAAUGUAUCCUGGGACCAGGCCCCGCAUUGGGGGAAAAGGCGAAAAUGUCCGAGGCUGUAAAAGCUGAUGUAAAUUCUCCCCAGAAAUCCAGUUACUGGUACCCUUAGUAAGCCCCAAAACGUUCCAAGUUGUGAGAGUUAAAUUCAAGCUUGGAAGGGCAUGAAGAGAAGUGGGAGCGGAUAAAAAUAUAAAUAAAAGAAUACCAGCUUUCCCUCGAUGCAGUUUUAAAAACCACUUCAACUUAUGCCGAUCAGGAUUGUUACUAAAGCGUAUCAGUUACACUAUCUACUGCAUACUGGAAAUCUAUUUCUCUUUUCGGUUGAUAUUGACUACCAUUAUGACUCUCAUUAGCUUGUGUAUAAAUUUUGUAUGUUUUUGUUUCCCACUAAGUGCCACGUGGUGUACUUAACGGAAAGCCCAGCGUUCUUUCUGGUUCUUUGUCGUUUCAUAAGUUAUGCUUACAUAUGCACAUGACUGGGGGGUAAUUUGAAAGAAACAGCUCUCGGGAGUAAUGUCACUGGACCAUCAAACAACAAACCAUACAAGCUAAGGGGCUCUAUUAUGGUAUUCGCUAACAUCAAUAGAGCGGCGCCUUGCCAGAUGCAGUAUAUGAUGAAACUGGUACGCUCUUGGCCACUUUAGCUAUGAUCCUGAUCACCUUACAUACAGAAAUAAUAAUAAUAAUAAUAAUGUUUCAAGCUGCCUUUAAAUAUAGCUGGUAAUCACUGUAAAGCUUGUAAUCUCAACAGCUUUCGCUUAAAGAUUAGAGUGAGGAUAUUCUACAUUUCAGUUAAUUUACCACUGUACUUCGAGUUUAAAGGUUACUUUUUUCCUUUUUGUUUUCAAGUAUAGUAAAUGAUCCCUUUAGUGCUUACUUGCAGGCGCUUUCAAGUGUUUCUCUUUCGAUACUUUUCAACAACAAGGUUGCCUGGUCCUGUUGAUUACUGGAUGGCUUACUGAACAUAGAGACACUAAAAUAGCGAGAGGUAAACAAAAGAAUACAAUAGAAUUAGUGCAUAAUAGUGCGUAGCAUUCUACUACCUAUUUCACAGUUCAAGUAAAAUCACGCUAACAAUGGAAGUACUGGCUGCCACUUUAUCUAAAUAAAAGUAUACUGUACUUUAAAGUCCUCCAGCAAGUACUCUGGUGUGAAGUCAGUUGACUAGCUAAAGUAAAGGAGGAAAGAAGAACGGCUAUUCUGGCUAGUUGAAGUAAACUCUUGCAUGAACAAGUUAGCCUACGAGCAAGCCCCCUAUUUGGAGAGGCGUGGGGAAAGAAAAAGAGUGCUACUUCUCCCUUUCCCGGCUUCGUCGCUCCCGGAUCACUCGCGCGUUGUAGACUAGUGAAAAGGGGCUCCCCAUUCCCGCAAGCCACUCCAUUUAAGGUCAGUUUAGCCAAGAAAUCCCCUCUUGGUUCAGCGUAUCAGGUACACCUUCUGAUUCGUCUAUGUAAGGGGAGUCCGGAUUUCGGAAUCCUGGAAAUUCUGGAUUGCAGAAUUCAGUAUCUAUAUAGGCGAUUUUUUCGCUGGAAUACGGAAUCCUGGAUCGUGAUAACUCCUACACCGAAAGACCUAUGACGUUCAAAUUUUCUGACUUUUCCUAAAAUUUAUCUAGAAACAUUUUGGUAUAAUUACCAUGUCCAUGUGAUUAAUCAUGUUGCCAUGGCAACCAGUUUCUGACACAUAGGUUUUGGAAAAUUUAAAAAAUGUUGAUUUUUUUGUUUUAAGAUCGCGUUUUUACACUUAUAGUGCUUUUUGUUGUUAAAAUGGUCUUUGCUUGGGACUAGUUUUUGAAUUACAUCAAAAUGUUUCAACAUCGAAUAUUUGGGGGGAGGGGUGGGGUAAAAUUUGCCACUUUUUUGCUUUGACAAAUAUGAUGCUCUAUUUUCCAAAUAACACUUCCAAAGUCAUUUCUUUGGGUAAUAAACAUUAGUUUGAUACUUCCUUUAUACAUUCUGAGCUUUUUCCUCUUUGAAAGUUGCUUUAAAUUAUAAUUUUAACAAAAAAACGGAAAUCCAAGAUGGCGGAUCCAAGAUGGUGGACAACCAUUUCAAAUUUUAAAUUUUAUUCCUUCCUAUUGCUUUUUCUCCCUGUACAAGUGUUUCCUUGUUACUAGUUCAUAAGAAAGGAUAACAAAGAGAUGACUUUAGCAAUAUUCUUGAUAUUUUACGUAUCUAAGUGGAAAAAUAAUAAGAAACAUUGAAAAAUAUGACGUCACUGUGACGUCAUCAUUGGGCGUGGCAAGUCAAAACUGGGCGUGGGGCUUCUUUGUACGGAGAUGAUCAUUGUGUGUAAAUUUCAUGACCCUAGCAUUAUUGGUUCCAGAGAUACAGAGGGGGGGUCCGAGGAGCCCCCAGUCACAGAUUGACCGAAAAAAGCCCAGUCUGAAUAGGGUUAAGUAAUAUCCGGAAUCCGACUAACGAUUGGAAUCCAGUUCCUGGAAUCCGGAAUCCAUGGCUUGGAAUCCCAAAUCUAAGACUGACUUGGAUUCCCUUAUAUGGGGCGAACUGAUAUAUGCCGACGGACGGCCCUGUUGGUAAGCUCUUGCUACUAGGGAAUGCCACUAUAUAAACCCCUCUUUAGGCUGUGCAUUUUGUUUACCAAGUGCGAGUCAUAUGAGAAGGUAUCAAGGAAGGUUUCCUCAAUCUUUUAAUAAACUAUGCGUACAUAUGCACGUGAAUGAAGCCAAAUUUGAACUAAACAGAUAUCCAGGGUAGUAGAUGUAUCAAGUAACCUGUCAGUGAAGAAAGCAAUAACGCCCAUGACUUGUUUUAUUUUUUCUCCUUUUAUACCCGGUAUCACCUUUUCUCUUAGAUCCGUCGAGUUCUCAGACGGAAUGAGCGCGAAGGCACUAAAAACACUUUUCCAGUGAUUUUGAAGAAAAUAAAAGACUGCUCGCAGUCUACAGUAGCACGAGAAAAAAGCGCGAAAUCAAAGGGUGGGUAAAAGAAAUACCGUUUGCCGGGAUAAAUAUGCCACUCCGUGGUAGAAGACAAAGAUUGCCGAGCUGUAUCUCUUAAUUACACAAAUAAACCACAAAAUCCUUCUUCUACGCAUGCUAUGCAAGCUGUCCUUUCUCAUCUUUAUUAAAGUAUGAUUUUUACCCUCACAUUUACGAUGAUUAUGAUUCUGCCUCGUGGCCAGAGAUGAUGUAAAUGUUACUGAGAAAAGUAAUCAAAAUUUAUUUAACAGGCCUUUCUCCCACGAGUCUGAGGAGUUUUUAAUUAUUAUCCACCCGUCCAGCUUUUACUUACGCGCAGGUGCUUCUAAACGAUCGACAAAUUUUAUAACAUAUUGUGUCUAUUUUUAGAUGAAAUGGAGCAUUUGAGUGCGGGCGUAGACCAAACUUAUGUCAUUUACAGUGUAUAGCACUCCAGAAGAUACCAUUCUGACUGUUCUGGAACAUUUAGUUGCUGUAUUACGUCAAUUAAUGUACUGAAUCCACGUAUUGCCGGGCACCUUGCUUUUGAUUCCUAUAUGACAAGUGUGAUAUCUUCUAUAGUAAUAUUAAAUAAAAUCUUAACUGUAAGCGAAUAAACUAACAUGUAUUUCGCUUUAAUGUCACACUGAACUAAUGGAGUUGACACAUUUAAUGUCAAAAUUCAUGCAGUCGUUCUAUCACCAACCUGUUUCAGUAUACCAUGCCUUCCUGUUGUUAAAACAAUCUUAUUUUCCCUGGUUCGUCUUGGCUGGUCAACAUCAGGAACUAUUUCUCGAAUUAAUCUUAGGGGAAAAAAAACCUAGUAGGUAUGUAGCCGCUAGGGUGUUAACCGUAAAUUGUAGAUGUGAUAAUUUAAACAAGUUAACCCUCUGAGGUACAAGGGGGGUAUGGCCCUGUACAAAGUGGUAGAGCCACUUUUGUCACAAUAAUCUAGUUGAAAAAAGAAAAAAAGGAACUGAGGAAACUCUUGUUCAAAACAAUAGCCUUGUAGCUGCAAAAAAGUCCAAAGAAAACCUACAGAACCACAGCCAGCAAGACACACCCCCUUAAUAUACAAAAAUUCUUCUUGUUUAAAUUGGAGCGGCGUGCAAAGACAUUUAAUAUUUGUUCUACUGCACUAGCAGACACAUCAAUAAAUAAGUUAUUGGCGUCUAAAGUUACUCAGAACUAGACUAAGAAUGAUGUCUAAUUUUCUUUUUCACACCAUCAACUUAGUGCUUCUUUUCUCGUUUCGAUCUUGAGAACUAUUUGAAACUUUGCGCUGGCGAGAAAUGUCAACUAUUUAUCCUUAAGUAUUAUGUUAUUCACGUUAGAUCCGAAGUGAGGUGACAUGUUUAAUGUAGGUAGGUAGGUAGACAGGUUUAUAUGAUGCCUCUGCUUGUGCCUUUUCGAAAAUCGACUAGCACGCCAAUCCCCGCGGUUAUCUCAUACGCGCGCUCGACGAUCUCUAAAGUCUGUGAACAGUCUAGUUUCGCUAUAGCGAUAUUUUUUCCUAACUUUAACUUCAUACUGUGACUGCAGAGCUUUAAUAAGCAGCAUCUCCUCGCAUUAACUCCUCUAUGCUGCGCUAAAGUUUACAGGGAUGAACGUUUCAAGGCCAGUAUAUCAGGCAUAACAUGACAUGGCAGAAACUGAGAGAGGAGCAGGUCGGGACCACGCAUUCUCUCUUGCAAAAGCCAAGGAUUCAGGGGCCUGAAAACAACUCGUUAUGCGUGUGUUAUCAAAUGUACUGGCCUGGUGUGCUUUAGUGAAGAGAUUUUUGGUGUCACACUGAGCGUUCAUAAAUGAUUAGCCAACUUACCUUACGUAUCGUAAUCGGUAAAAAGGAACAUUGCAUAAGAAAAUGUGGAGAGACUGAAGCAAAGGUUAUGAACGUGCGAAACCUCAGUGAACACAGGUGAUUUGUGCAGUGCGAGUAGGUUUUAUGUCUUUACAGCGAUGACCUUCUCCUUUCCGAAGUUCAGAUUUAUAUUAUUGAAAAGAAUCGUGAACAAACAAAAAAAUACAGUGGGAUUAUACUAGGAAGUAUACUUCCGAAAAACAAAAUGAAUUAUUAAAAUAUUAGUAAAAGAAACACUGAACCCAGCGUAUUGAGAAAGAUUGAAUCACACAAACGUUGUUACGCAGUUUUUUUUUUCGCCAUUUGUCUCCCAGCAAAGAACAAAGCAUUGACUUUUAUUCAAACCAAGGUUUAUAUUUUCAGUAUCAGAAAGAAAAUGACCAAGAGUGUACUGUAAGGAACCCUGCGUUGAAAUCACUGGGUAGAUGAAAUGAGGAGGGAAUGGGAGGUGGCUAAUAAGCGUGCUAAAGUGACCUUUUUGGUGACGGAACGGCCACGCUAAGCAAGAGAAGAUGUCGCGACUAGUACUUGCUAAUCUCGCCAUCAGCACUGUGAAUUGAAGACAGCCUUGUUAGGGUGAUGGGUAUUAAUUUCGACAGCGAUAGAAUUUGACGAAUGCAAAUGGCAUCUCAUCCAACUUGAAACUAGUUUUGUCAGUUUUAGAGGAACAAGUUCUGUAAGGAAGUUGUUCAUCUAAAUUCUUCUAAGUUGCUUCCUUGUUGGCUUAAAUCAUAAUUACUUGUUAUGAUCGCAUUACAAAUACCAAACAUCCCUUUUACGGUUCAAAAGGUUUGGAUAGCUUAUUAAUUCGAAAAAAAACAAAAAGGAUUGAUCGCUAAUCUCCUCUUUCGACGCUUAUACACAAAGACACUACUAAAAGGAUAUAGCGGAGACGUGAUGAAAAAGAAACUGAUGAGUGUCCCAUAGCUCUGUAGUAGUUAUAAUGCAUUUAUUAAACAAUAACUUUGUAUCACUUUGUCAUUGCAGUGACUUUAUUUUCCCCAUUGUUUUUGAUGGAGCAAGUCAGAUUUUCUGUGCACAUUUUGAGAGAAGCGAAUAAACUGUCAAUGAGCUUCGCUAUGUCAGACACUAAUUAAGAAGCUGCAACUCUUGACACUUCAAGGAGAAAGCAAAAUAGUACAUCACGGGAACAUCGACUGUAGCAAAGACGUUCGCCAAAGGUUGGGAAAGGGAAGGAAUGGAUAAAGCUCUUGACCGACUGCAGUGAACCAACGCGCGUUGUCAUUCGUGUGUCUCGGGCGUUUUGCUUGACGGACCACGAAAAAAGAAAGACUGCUCGUACGGUCUAUGAACCAAAAGUUUGCAUUCUGCAUUUGGGCGUAUUAAUUUAAUUUCUCUCAGCAGAUUGUCGAACCAUCCCAAUUUCGUCAGGAUUGCCCCGAUUUUGCUUGAAAAUCUCAAAUCUUGACCAAUAUAUGAUCGGGAUAGGAAAAAUCUCGAUUUUGACAUCUUUAUCAUGCAGAACACCAGAUACUGAGUGUAAUUAGCUGAAACUGAUAUUCCAAAAACUAUAGAAGCUGCCAGAAAUAUAACAAAAAAUCGAGUACUCGUACGCGAAGCCACGCAAAGGAACAAAGCGACAAAGGGGCCUUUGUAGCUACGGUCAGCCAUCUUGAUGGUCCUUUCUAAAUCCUUGAUCACCGCGUACAAGGGGUACCGAUCUUCCAGUUCGAGUGGCUUUCAGUGAACUCUCGUCAAAAUAUCGGAAAACAUCUUUCAGCGUUUUAGUUAGGUUAGAAGUUCGGCCGUCAAUUUCAAUUUACAUUACGGUCCCAAAUAUUCCCAUUAUUCAGCAUUGAAAACAAGCAUAAAAAUGGCGAUCGAUUUACCAACAUUUUAGCUUUAGCAUGGCCCCAUACCCUCCUAGUGGGUACUCGCGUAAGCGAAGCCACGCAAAGCACAAAGCGGAGUGUAUGCAGUAGGGAAAUUAGACGCUUGCGUCAUUAGUCUAUCUUUAUUAAAAAAAAAAAAAAAAAAAUAUCCCGAUUUUUCCACCUAAAAGGGUUGGACAGUCUGGAAUCUCAUACCAUGGAUGCCAGAGAUUUUUUCACGCGUGUGACGAGCGACACGUCUCGGUAACCUGACAAACCAUCAGUUCUAGGCAUGAAAUGGUAAUCUGUUCCAAGACUAUUUCAGGUACUCGGUAGUAAAGAUUUUACAAUUUUUAGGUAUAUUGGUAUCUAACGAGGAAAAAAUGGGGUAUUGGUAUCCUAACAACCCCCUGGCGGGCCUGAGUAAUAAGCAAUUUCACUACACUGGAUUACCUUCUGCUAAGUGGUUAUGGCACUUCGACCGUUUCUUGAUCCAAAGUUGCCUAGUCCCCAUACGGCGUCUUUCCAAGCCCUCUCGGUCAAUGCAUUUCGGUGACGUAUCCGAGACGAACGGCUGGGAGACGCCUAGACAAUCUCGGAGUGCGCAUGCGUGAGCAUUUUUGCAUUUUUGAAAAGUUCUCACGUUCAACUGAAAUAAUAUAUAAAUAACUUUGCGCGUGAAUAUCCUUCGCUUAAGGAUCGGCACUAAUAACCUGGUUUCUGUUAUCAAAGAACAAAAAUAUUACUCUGAAUCGGAAAGAAUACUACUGUAUAACGUGCAAGUAAUUUCUCUUUUAGUUCAUUUUCAAAUGAACCAUUAAAAUGAUAUUUCUUUAUUGUUAAAAAAAAAUUGAAACAGUAGUUUGUUGACAUUCUACUAAAUUUAGAGACGAAAUUCAACAGCCUGUCCGAUUAGUUUGAUAAGCUUCCAAAUCCAAAAAUUAAAUUACAUAAAAUAUUUCGAAGUGAAAUGAUAACGAUAAAUUUAUAGGAGCAAGCGAAAAUAGAGAAACGAAAGAUAGCUUUUCAUAUCCAAGAAUAAAUACAAACUUAUUUGGCUUAAGCUUACCUUCCGAUUCUUGAUCAAAUAAUUUUUUUGUGACGCUGAUUUGCUUAGCCUACAAAUAGUUUUUGAGAUGAAAUAAAGUUCAAAUUACUUUAAGGAGAUAAAUGAAAAAGAAAGGCCCAAAGGACUUUCAACAACGAAAACGUGCAUAGAAUAAAAAUGCUCGGUUUAACUCCAUCCUCUGUACUCUCCAUGGCUGCUGGACAUCUUUCAUCAGCGCGGAAAAGUUAUUGACAGCUCGCCCGCCUCCAAAAGCUCCGCCCCAAGUGACACAAAAUGUCUCACUUCUCCGAGUUUGUCUAGGCCUCAAAAACUUUCUCGGACCACGAGACCCGAAACGCAUGAGCCGCGCAUAACAAUGAGGCCUAGGGACUAAGCAAGAUCUGAAGCAUUAAUCUUUCGCUGUAGCCUGUACCAGAAUAUUAUAUUACUAUAUCUCUGAAGAAACGUGAUGCGUCAAAAUUCCUUUUAUUUGUUUAGAAUCAUGCUGGGGAUUUUUAGCCGUCCUAUCAGAAGAACGGAUUUUUUUUUUGCUUUAAUAUGGAAUCAGAGAAUUGAAGGCAUCCCUGUCUAAAAAGUAGCUAAUAAAGAAUCCUUCAAGUUCUUAAACAGUUUUCUAAGUUCAUCCAUAACUCAGUAGUUACACACUCCGCCGUUUAAUUUUUUUAUGUAACAAAUCAACGGACAAAAAUAUUUAUAUUUACAGGAGCCGACGAGUGUGUUGUCAUUUGAGCCCGCUAGUGCACUAUAUGGCAUGCACUAAAAACGUUCUUUUCGAAAACGUUCUGUAAAAAACAAACAAUUAAAAAAAAAACAACAGCAACAACAACAACAACAACAAUCUUCGUGCUCGAUAAGUAAAAUCGCUCGAAAAUCGGCGAGCACGCCAAUCCCCCGCGGUUUUUCAUUUCAAACGCGCGCUCAACGAUCUCUAAACUCUGUGAACAGUCUAGUUUCGCUGUAGCGAUAUUUUUUCCUUACUUUGACCUCACGCUGUCAUUUAAGACUGCAGAAUGACUGCAGAGCUUUAAUACGCACCAUCUCCUCACAUUAACAGAGAAAGGAGGUCGGGACCGCACAUUCUCUCUUGAAAAAUCCGAGGGUUCAUCAGGGGCCUCAAAACAAUUCGUUGUGCCUAUCUUAUCAAAUGAAGUGAAGAGAUUUUUGGUGUCAGCGCUCAUAAAUAAUUAGACAACUGACCGUUAUCACAAUCGGUAAAAAAGUACACUACAUAACAAAAUGUGGAGAAGCAGGCGAAAUCGAGACGGGAGCAAAGGUUAUGAAACAUGCGAAGCCUGUGCUUUGUGCAGUGCGGGUAGGUUUCAUGUCAUUAUGGAUGACCUCCUCCUUUCUGAAGUUCAGAUUAUUGAAAAGAAUCGUGAACAAACAAAAAAAUACAAUGGGGUUAUAUUGGGAAGUAUACAUCCGAAAAACGAAAGGAAUUAUCAAAAUAUCGGUAAAAAAAAAAAAAGGAAGAAAAAUACUGAAGCCAGCGUUUUGAGGAAGAUUGAAUCAAGUCACGUGAAAAGUCGUUACGCAGGAAUUUUUAUUGGCCAUUUUUGCCCAACAAAGAACAAAGCACUAACUUUUAUUCAAACCAAGGUUUAGAUUUUCAGUAUCAGAAAGAAAAUGACCAAGAGUGUACUGUAAAGAACCCUGCGUUGAAAUCACUAGGUAGAUGAAAUGAGGAGGGAAUGGGAUAAACUAAUAAGCGUGCUAAAGUGACCUUUUUGGUGACGGAACCGCUACGCUAAGCAAGAGAAGAUGUCACGACUAGUGCUUGCUAAUCACGCCGUCAGCACUGUGAAUUGGGGACAGCCUUGUUAGGGUGAUGGGUAUCACCUUCGACAGCGAUAGAAUUUGACCGAUGCAAAUGGCAUUUCAUCCAACUUGAAACUAGUUUUGCCAGUUUUAGAGGAACAAGUUCUGUAAGGAAGUUGUUCAUCUAAAUUCUUCUAAGUUGCUUCCUUGUUGGCUUAAAUAACAAUUACUUGUUGUGAUCACAUUACAAAUAUCAAACAACCCCUUUACGGUUCAAAAGCUUUGGGGAGCUUAUUAAUUCGAAAAAAAACAAAAAGGAUUGAUCGCUAAUAUCCUCUUUCGACGCUUAUACACAAAGACACUAAAAGGAUAUAACUGAGACGUGAUGAAAAACAAACUGACAAGUGCCCCAUAGUAGUAGUAGUAAUGCAUUUAUUAAACAAUAACUUUGUAUCACUUUGGCAUGGCAGUGACUUAAUUUUACCCAGUUUUUUUGAUGGAGCAAGUCAGAUUUUCUGUACACAUUUUGAGAGAAGCGAAUAAGCCGUCAAUGAGCUUCGCAAUGACAGACACUAAUUAAGAAGCUGUAAACUCUUGACACUUCACUGGAGAAAGCAAAAUAGUACAUCACGGGAACAUUGAAUUAAAGCGAAAAGUUAAAGUCGAACAUUUAAUAUGCAGUUGGAGAAGUUGUCUUUGGAGGAAAAGGGGAAGGUAAAGAGAAUGAGGUUAGUAUAUGUAAAAAUUUCCUUAUUGUCUGUGGACAGGAACUAAUGAUAUAUAAGUGCAGGAUGUUUAUUUAAAACGUCACGAUUAAGCCACUGUUCUCUAAGGGGCAAAACAGUGAGGGGGGGAACUUCGAAGGAGAAGCGGCCUGAGGGGGUUAACGCAAGUUCUUUCCUCUACCAUUUUUUGGUCAUUUUUUUGGUGACAUCAGAAUGAUACUGCAAUACUUAGGCCAAUUCUCCGAGUAGUGUUUCCCCCCAUUUACUCGAUCCUAACUUUAGGACUAUGAUAAAUUAUGUCUAUUUUUGGUAAUUCAGUGCUUUACUUCCCCAUAAUUUGUCCACGCAACAAAAAUGAUGCCUUCACGUAAAGACAAUCUGUAUAUUAUUCGCAUGAGAGGAAGCAUUUCUUCAGUUAAGCCAAGAUGGUGGGCGAGCUACACCUUCCGUUUGUCCUCUACGCGGUAUGCACUGCUGUGCUUCUUGCUCAAGGAAGUCAAGGUACCCGUAACCGUGAAGUAUUUGCUUAUUGAAAUGUUUCACGAAUAUGCUUUUAAAUUCUGAUAUUUGAUGGUCAUUUUCUACGGUAAAGUUGAUGAAAGUUUCAUUUCAAGAAAGGGCACAGGAAUUGGGGAUGUGGCGCUCAGGGAAAGCGCAAGUAACGGAACUAUAUGUGUUUAAGGCCAUUGUGCUCAAGGCGUUUUGAAAUUUUAAAAAAAUAUAUAUUGCAGCCACCGUAAAUAGCCCAGAGGCAACUGAAGCUUAUUUUUACUAAGACACUUCUAUUCUCUUUAUAAUAGCAAUCAGUUUGAAAGCUGGAAAAACCAACGUCACUGUUAAAAGUCCAGGGUUGUUCGCUUGUGAGACAAUCACAUUUGCUGAACCGUUCUCUGGUGGAAAGCAAGUAAAAGUCUAUGCUUCCUUUGGCCACUCAGUUAACAACCAGGCCCGUGGUAAUGGUGCUGCUGUUUGGGUAGAAUCGGCAGAUAGAACUCAAUUCCGCGCUUGUAUUUACGAGUACAGCAACGGCUCAAAUUCAACCGCUGAGAUAAACUGGAUUGCCCUACAAUCUGCUCCCAAAGGAACACAACUAGGAACCACUUCCCUGGACUCUUGGACUACCGGAACAGAAUGUAAAAAGAUCGACUUUCCUCAGGUACGUUCAAUUAUGCUAUGAUAACCUACAAGGUGCCCAUGCAAGAUUAAUCUUAGAAAGGCAGAAACGGGUGAGUCAUGUAAGUUAUAGUCAAUAGAUGUAACUCACGACCGCAAAUGCGAUUUCUCUUAAGGAACUUAACCAGCUGUUCAAUCAAUGAAUUUAGACAGAAAAUUGACGUCACUUUAGUUGAAAGUUCAAUUACCUACAGUUAGAUACAUGCUAUUAUGCACGGACUUCAUGAUUUAAUGGGAAAUGACGAUAAAAGUCUAAAAGGUGAAUCGUUAAUUUGUUUUCAGAACGAUUAAUACAAUGAAACAGCUUAAUCAGUUUGUACUGUGAUCUUUUGUUACGCGGCUCUCCCUCAUUGUCUCCCUGUAUUUUGUUUGUCUGUUUUUUUUUUUCUUUUUUGGAAUGCGCAGUAUUAUAACUAAGACAGAUGUCCACUCCAUGACCCACACUAGUCCAGCCAUGCAUAUUAUCACCUACCCCCCCACCCUCUACGACCUCAUACCCUCUCACUCUUUUAUCCGUAUUUGAUUAUUACAUUCCCAUAUAUACGAGUCUAAAAGCAAUAAAGCAUUGGCAUUAGAUGUCAGUUCCUACGCUCGCCGCCGUAAAUCUAUUUAGAGGAUCUUUCAUGAAAUAUA